GGAGGAGACUGGAAUGGAGAAGCAAAUAAAAGCAAAUGUUCACUUCACAAGAGUCACAUCUCUUCCUGGGAGAGUCGACACAUAUUGUGCAAACCUUUUCAAGGAGCGCCAUGGCAACACGUGUAGCUAUUAUUCUCUCAGGCUGCGGCGUGUACGACGGCACAGAGAUCCAUGAGGCCUCGGCUGUCCUUGUUCAUUUGAGUCGCGCUGGAGCCAAAGCUCAAAUGUUUGCACCGAAUCAAGAUCAGAUGCACGUUAUCGAUCAUUGUGAGGGGAAACCUUCGGACGGCAAGAGAAACGUCCUGCAGGAGAGCGCCCGAAUCGCCAGGGGUGACAUCACGGAUUUGGCCGAGUUAGAUGUUUCAGCGUUCGAUGCUGUCAUCAUCCCUGGCGGUUUUGGCGUGGCGAAAAACCUCAGCGACUGGGGAGUGAAGAAUAAGGACUUCAGCAUCAAGCCAGAUGUGGAGAAGACCCUGAGGGAUUUCCACAAAGCUGGAAAGCCGUUGGCCAUGUGCUGCAUCGCUCCAGUCCUCGCUGCCAAAAUCCUGCCAGGUUGUGAGCUCACAGUGGGGCAGGACAAGGAGAGUGACAUGUGGCCGUACGCCCAGACGGCGGGUGUCUUAAAAGAGAUGGGCUGUAAGCACGUGAAUACAGGAGUGCAGCAAGUGCAUGUUGACCUUAAGCACAAACUCAUCACCGCUCCGGCUUUCAUGAGCAACGCUCCCAUUCACGAGAUCUUCGAUGGAAUCGGCGUCAUGGUUGAAGAAACCCUGAAACUGGCCUAAGAUGUCUCCAAAGUCUCUCGUUUGUCUUUUAAUAAAAUACAUUCAUUGUAGUUUUGAAAGUUUUGUGAUGCAGAAUCAUUUUCAAUAUAUAUGAUGG